GUGUACAAAGAGUAGGGAACGUUCACGUAGGCUGUUAAUCUAACUAACUGACCUCAGCCUUUUGGGAAUCUCAAAGGAACUUGAUCUGUGAAGCAGUCGGUCUAUGUUUUUCCACAGUAUGGCUUCACUAGGGUCGUUGUGUUUUAGUCUGGCUUUGCUGGGCUAUUUCACUGUCCACAGCAGACCUGCAGUUGGCCAUUUACGCAGCAUGGACAGCUUCAUUCGGGCUGUGCAGAAAGUGGAGGAGUCCAACCCUGGCCUAUCUCCUCUGGCUUUGGCUCGAGCUCUGCGCAGAAUUGCAGGUCACGAUGACGCCAUGACCGUUCACUUCUUGGGCACGUCUCACGUUCUAACCAACACCGCAGAGCUGGAGACUGCCAUCCUCAAUGCCUCAUCCUUCAGCUUCUUUGACAAGGCCCUCCACCACAUUGUGACGGACAACGGCGAGGAGAGGGGGGUGGUCCUGGCCCCCGAUGGCACCACUGUGGCCCUAGCACCGCUGAUGCUCGGGAUAGAAGCUGGACUCAAUACCUGGACAGAAGGGGGCGCUCCCGUUGGGCUGUUCCCUCUCACGCUGGGAAGGACUUUGGGAUUGACUUUCCUCAGCCUCCAAGAUUUCCCUGCGGAAUAUCGCUUGGGGCCUAACGGAUGCUGGGAUAAUGUAGAGUACCCAAAGGUUUUCAAACUCUACCACACACCUACUUUAGCAACAGGGGCGGUCAUAAGUGGAGGUAUGGACGGUCUUAUACUCGGGAAAUAUCUAAGUAACUUGCCUAAAUCUGAAACUUUGCCCGCCUUAAGUGAGAUUUUGAAAGGAUACUACAUUUUUGACCUACGGGAGGGGCGGAGUCUGGAUGGUUUGACUGACAGAAUAAGCCCGAAAAGAAGGGAGUUAUCACGGCUGAUCUUGGAGUCUGUCGAUCUUCAAAAUGAGGUGAUGGAGACGCUGGCUUUGGUGUGGAAACUGGAGCGGACUGAGUGGAUAGCCUUUGACACUGGGAUUGGCCAAGCGGUAAAGGAGGGACUGAAACAGUUUGUGCGCAAGUACUGGGACUGCCCUCAGAUUAUACCCCGGUGCCAAUGGGGCGCAAAACCACACAACGGGACCCCAAUCCCUCUGUCCCUGCCUCUGGAUCAGCUGUUUGUCCAUCACACCUACACGCCCUCCUCCGCCUGUCUAAGCUUCUCUGACUGCGCCCGGGACAUGAGGUCCAUGCAGCGCUUCCACCAGGAGGAGCGCGGCUGGGCUGACAUAGGGUACAGUUUUGUGGUGGGUUCAGAUGGCUAUGUGUAUGAAGGCGCUGGCUGGAACACAGUGGGGAGGCAUACCAGAGGUCAGAACAGUGUUGGAUAUGGUGUGGCCUUCAUCGGGAACUACACUGCUGCUCUGCCCUCGCGCUACUCCAUAGAUCUGCUACGACACAAGUUGGUGCAGUGUGCUGUGGAUGGAGGUCGGCUGGUCUCCAACUUUACCCUUAAAGGCCACAGACAAGCGGUCAGCUACACCACCUGUCCUGGAGACGCCCUCUUCUCUGAGAUAAGUCGAUGGGACAACUUUAGGGAAUGAAAGGGAAAUAAUCAUAAUGUGUGAUCUGAGAUGCUAGAGAGACAUCGAUCCAGCUUCUUCUGUUUCGUCGAUAAUUUGGUGUUAUGUAUCUGCCGAUCCCCAAUAUCAACCCAUACUAGGGCUAUUUUCAAACAGUGUAUGGUAAAAAAUAUCCAAAUGUGUUUUGUAACUACCGAACAGCUUCAUAAAAGUUUAGUUAAAAGUUUAAUAUUAUGAGAUGGUACAGUGUGUGGAGGUAAAGAGCUAUGUUUGAGUCAAUUUGUCAAACCUGAUAAUGUUUUAGACGUGUUAGGUUUGGUUGAACUGUGUGAUAGUGUUUAGAGACUUUCUGCAUUACAAAGCUGCAGCUUUAUUCUAAAGUGAACAGUGAGCCAAAGAGCUUCAGUUCUAUAGACAAAUAAAGAGCUAAUCCUGCUAAUGAUAAAAGCAAAACUAAAAAAACACCUGUAUCUUUUUCUUUGAUUUGGACAUACCAAACACAUGCGCUGUCUCAAGUGUUAUAACAAAACAGAAAGAGGGGCAGAGGUGGAUCAUAACGAAGUCAAAGUAUCUGUACUUUACUUCAGUACAUUUUACAGUGUAUACUUUUUACUUUUUACUUCAGUAUAUUUGAAAGCAGUAUCUGUAUUUUCUACUCCACUACAUUUUUUAACUAGACUGAAAAGUGAAAGUAUUUUUUAAUAGCGUGUGAGACCUGCUGAAGGGGCUGAGGGUUUAUUUUUAACAUGUUCAGAAUUUGAACAAAACAAAAAUAUACAAAUAAAAACAGAGAGAAAAACAAUCAAUUCAGUUGUUUCUGUUGAAUAAAAUUCAGCUCAAAUCUUU